AUGAUAAUAGUGCAAGUUACAAUCUAUAAGCUGGAAAACUCUGGCGAUCCGCUGGAUUUUAAUAAUGCACAUCGUUUAUCCUAUUGGACCUGUGUCUAUUUUCUUAUUGUAACCAUGUCAACAGUAGGAUAUGGUGAUGUAUACUGUGAGACUGUUUUGGGAAGAACAUUCCUAGUGUUCUUCUUGCUCGUUGGUUUGGUCGUACUCGUAUUUAUACUCAGUAUUGCAUCACUCAUUAUAUACUUCGUUGAUGCAUCUAACGAAGAAGUCGAAAGAUGUCAGCCAUGGAGUACUAACAUUACUCAACAAAUCGAUCUUGCAUUCAAUAUAUUUUUCAUGGUUUACUUUUUUAUACGAUUCAUAGCGGCGUCCGAUAAACUUUGGUUUAUGUUAGAAAUGUACAGUUUUGUAGAUUAUUUUACAAUACCCCCGUCCUUUGUAUCAAUAUAUUUAGAUCGAACAUGGAUCGGUCUUCGUUUUCUGCGAGCACUGCGUCUUAUGACUGUACCGGAUAUAUUGCAAUAUUUGAAUGUUUUAAAAACAUCCAGCUCAAUACGUUUGGCGCAAUUGGUAUCAAUUUUUAUAUCCGUGUGGUUAACAGCAGCUGGUAUUAUACAUCUGGUAUGUUGAAAAACUCUUUUUCUAUUAUUU